AGGUUACAAGAUAACCUAGAUGUGUCUGUUUCUUCAUACAUCAUUCACAGUUAGAAAAUUGAACCCGAGCAAUGCCGUUCCAGUACGCCAGUGUGGAUUUAGAGUACAAGAACCGGAAAGAGUUGCGAAAGGAGGAUGUGCAGUACAUGCAGGAAUGGCUUAGGAAGCAACCACACUUACCUCCCCUAAUUGAGCUGGAGAUCAUCUUCUUUCUGGUGAGUUGCAAUUACAGUUUCGAGAUGGCGAAGACUACGAUAGACAACUACUUCACACUAAAGGGGAUGAUGCCAGAAAUUUUCGGCAGGCGUGAUACAAACACCUUGGCAGCAACCCUCGACAGGAUGUUUUUGCUGCCACUGCCCAAACUGACCUCCGAAGGCUACCAAGUCAUGUACUGCAAGCUGCGCGAUUGUGACUUGAGCAAGUUUGUAUUUGGAGACACCGUGAAAUGCUGUGAGGUUGUUCUGAGUUUAGCCUUGAACCAGAAAGGAAGCGUAAACGGGUUGGUUUACGUUUUUGAUCUGGAAGGAUUUAGCCUGGCGCACAUCGCUCAAAUGCCACUCUUGUCGGUGAAAAAGCUUGUGACCUUUUUGCAGGAAGGCCUCCCCCUGCAACUGAAGCAGUUUCACUACAUCAACGCGGGAUCGCGCCUCGACGCGUUCAUGAUGCUCAUUAGACCUUUCACUAAGCAGGAACUGUUCAAGAUGACCCACAUUCACACUGACUAUUUGAAAACCCUGUACAACUUUAUACCUCGGGAGUGCAUGCCGAAGGAGGUGGGUGGCUUGGACGAAUCCGCCGACGUUCUGCUAGAACGAGUAAAGGCAAUGGUCGUCGACAACGCCGAUUUUAUACAAGAACAGGAGGAGAGGGUCAUAGAUGAGUCACUGCGGCCGCAGAAGUCGACCAAGUUCAACCACCUCUUCGGGGUCGAAGGCACAUUCAAGAAACUGGAACUAGAUUAAGUGAUCUGAUAAUAAACUUCUAAAGUCUUAAA